CUUUUCCCGUUUGGCAGUGCGUCGCCCAUAUCGCCCUAUUGAACACACCGCCCCUGCUCAUGGCUAAUACUCAUGGCUAAUACUCAUGGCUAAUACUCUCUCUUUCUCUCUCGCUCUCUCUCAGGGUGGUAACACUAGUCUGAAUCUGAACCAUUAUGCCACUAAGAAGACGGUAGCAGAGAGCAUGUUAGACGUGGCCCUGCUGAUGGCCAACGCUGCCCAGCUGAAGGCCGUCCUGGAGCAGGGGCCAGACUUCAGGUACUACAUCACCGUCCUGGUCCUCAUCGGGUCUUCACUGCUCUUCCAGGUGCUGGCCGGGAUACUGUUUGUCGCCAUGGCUCGUAAGGACCUGAACAACGUAGCCAACCAGAGGAAGCUGGACAUCAUGAACAACGUGGCCACUGGCCUUGUCUUCAUCACCACCAUCAUCAACAUCUUCAUCACCGCAUUUGGAGUGCAGAAAACUGGCCUGUACCCCAAAACCUAGACAGAAGGCUUGCCUGUACCCCAAAACCUAGCCAGAAGGCUUGCCUGUACCCCAAAACCUAGACAGAAGGCUUGCCUGUACCCCAAAACCUAGACAGAAGGCUUGACUGUACCCCAAAACCUAGACUGAAGACUGCCCUGUACCCCAAAACCUAGACUGAAGACUUGCCUGUACCCCAAAACCUAGACUGAAGACUGGACUGUACCCCAAAACCUAGACUGAAGACUUGCCUGUACCCCAAAACCUAGACUGAAGACUGCCCUUUACCCCAAAACCUAGACAGAAGGCUUGCCUGUACCCCAAAACCUAUACGGUAGACUGGACUGUACCCCAACACCUAGACUGAAGACUUGCCUGUACCCCAAAACCUAGACAGAAGGCUUGCCUGUACCCCAAAACCUAGACAGAAGGCUUGACUGUACCCCAAAACCUAGACUGAAGACUGCCCUGUACCCCAAAACCUAGACUGAAGACUUGCCUGUACCCCAAAACCUAGACUGAAGACUGGACUGUACCCCAAAACCUAGACUGAAGACUUGCCUGUACCCCAAAACCUAGACUGAAGACUGCCCUGUACCCCAAAACCUAGACAGAAGGCUUGCCUGUACCCCAAAACCUAUAUGGUAGACUGGACUGUACCCCAACACCUAGACUGAAGACUUGCCUGUACCCCAAAACCUAGACUGAAGACUGCCCUGUACCCCAAAACCUAGACUGAAGACUGCCCUGUACCACAAAACCUAGACUGAAGACUGCCCUGUACCCCAAAACCUAGACUGAAGACUGGCCUGUACCCCAAAACCUAGACUGAAGACUGCCCUGUACCCCAAAACCCAGAAUGAAGACUGACCUGUAACCCAAAACCUAAACAGAAGACUGACCUGUACCCCAAAACCUAAACAGAAGACUGACCUGUAACCCAAAACCUAGAGUGAUAUACUUCAGAGAUAUAUCUUUUAAAACACGGUUGAGAAACGACAAUACAGGUGUACUAUUGUUUUUUAUUGUCACUUUUUAAUCAGAAGAGAUUUGUAAAAGGAAGAUAUUAAUAAUUGCAUAUGUCAAAAAGUAGAUUAGUCUUAUUCUAAUGUGUAGAGCUCAGAAAAAGUUAUUGGGCUACAGACUCUCUAGACAAACGGGUUGCCUCCCACAAUUGACCGAUGUUCCAGCAUGUCCUGGGACUGGGAUUUCCGAGAAUGGCUACAGUUAAAGGGUAUUCAAAUAAUAUAAGGGGAAACAGUGACUACUAGUGGUCUUUAUUUUACUAAUAAAGAGCGAUACUCAAUGUAUCCAAAGUGUAUCUCUAAUGCAAUAAACUCCAUACAACAACUGUG